AUGAUGAGGCCUCAUAGCUUUCGACGGAGCAAAGCCCACCUGGACGAAGGGGGUCGAUACUAUCGCUUCAAUGUCGCACGAGGACUAGAAGAGAUCGGAUUGGAAGACUCGAAGACAAGAAAAGAGAUAGCUGCGGCGACGCAGGAAGUGUUCAAACAGAUGACAGCGUGUGCGAAUAGGGUAUCCGUGAAGCAAGUCUCUCAGAAGUACAAUAUCCCAUUCAGUCUGCGAGGUGUUCCCGUGAUCGACAAGUUUGCGGACCGUCCAACUGACCUGGCUGAUCUGGGUAAGGCGCUCUUCCCCCGGCGUGGAUCUCGUCGACGUCAAAUAUUCGUACUGAGCGGGCUCGGCGGGAUGGGUCAAUCACAAUUAGCGGCACAAUUCGCGAGACGGAACCAUAGCAAAUACAGUGCUGUGCUCUGGCUGGACGGGAGCUCAGAAGAGAACUUGAAGCAAAGCAUCGCCUAUGCAGCCACGCGGAUUCCGGCAGAACAUGUCCCGGAGACAGUCAGAACGAAGAACGAACCAGCUGCCAAUCUCCUCCUGUGUUGGGCUUUUUUAGACACCCGAAAUUUAUGCUUCCGCUGGGUCGUCAACGACUGGGUGGAGAUCUUGGAGUUAGAGGGUCAUGCGGAGGAAGAUAGAUCAGGAUACGAUGAUAACUCAACUGACAUUCUUAAUGGUUUUGUUCGCCUGGGCAACUUCUACACUGAUCAAGCCAAACUGAGGAAAGCAGAGGAGAUGUAUAAGCGGGCACUGCGAGGCUACGAGCAGGCACUGGAGAUGUACGAGCGAGCACUGCGAGGCUACGAGAAAGCACUGGGUAAGGAGCACACGUCGAUACUUAGCGUGGUCCACAAUCUAGGCGCCCUCUACGCCGAUCAAGGGAAGCUAGACCAGGCGGAGGAGAUGUGCGAGCGGUCACUACAUGGCUACGAGAAAGCACUACACUAUUUAUGGUCUUGGUUUGCUCUAUCACAGGCAGGGCAAAACAGAAGAGGCCAGAAAUAUGCUCCAGCGCACAGUGUUCGGCCGAGAAAAGAUUCUGGGAGAAAAUCAUCCUGA